UGUGCUGACGAGCCCGGAAGUGACGCUUCUGGAAGCUAUGAUUACAGAGUGGCCGUCUAGCGUCUCUUUUUAUUAAAUCGGGGCUGGCCCCGAGAACCGGAGCCGAUCUCUCCCUGUGUCCCUUGCACUUAUUCACUUUGCAGUUUCUUGGUGUUGAAGCCUCAGGGAGAGGUUGGAAAUAUGAGGCGUCUCAACCGCAAGAAGACGCUGAGUCUGGUAAAAGAGCUGGAUGCUUUCCCCAAGGUGCCAGAGAGCUACGUUGAGACUUCAGCAAGCAGGGGGACCGUGUCCCUGCUUGCAUUCUCUGCUAUGGCUCUACUCACUAUUAUGGAAUUUCUGGUUUAUCGUGACACAUGGAUGAAAUAUGAAUAUGAAGUUGACAAAGAUUUUUCAAGCAAACUAAGACUAAACAUUGAUAUCACAGUGGCAAUGCGAUGUCAGUAUAUUGGUGCUGAUGUGUUGGAUUUGGCUGAGACUAUGAUAACUUCAGCGGAGGGCCUUGUGUAUGAGCCGGUGACAUUUGACCUCUCCCCUCAGCAAAGGGAGUGGCAAUGGAUGUUGCAACAUAUCCAGAACCGUUUGCAGGAAGAGUUGUCUCUGCAGGACCUCUUGUUCAAAAGUGCAAUGAAGAGUUCUGUCACUGCUUUGCCUCCCAGGGAAGACACCCCCACAGAGCCACCCAACGCCUGCAGGAUCCAUGGUCAUCUUGAAAUCAAUAAGGUGGCUGGAAACUUUCACAUCACUGUGGGCAAAGCCAUUCCCCACCCAAGGGGUCACGCGCAUCUUGCAGCUCUUGUGAGCCACGAUAGCUACAACUUCUCCCAUCGUAUUGAUCACUUUUCAUUUGGAGAACUCUUGCCUGGGAUUAUCAAUCCUUUGGAUGGAACUGAAAAAAUAGCCAUGGACAGUAACCAAAUGUAUCAGUAUUUUAUUACUAUUGUGCCAACAAAGCUAAACACAAGAAAAGUUUACUGCGACCACCAUCAAUUCUCUGUGACAGAAAGAGAGAGAGUGAUAAAUCAUGCCACUGGCAGCCAUGGUGUAUCUGGGAUUUUCAUGAAAUAUGACAUCAGUUCCCUGAUGGUGACAGUCACUGAAGAUCACAUUCCUCUGUGGAAGUUUCUAGUGAGGCUCUGUGGCAUCAUUGGAGGAAUUUUCACCACUACAGGAAUGAUUCAUGGAUUGGCUGAAUUCUUCAUAGAUCUUAUUUGCUGUCGUCUCAAGCUUGGAGUUUACAGACGUCAUGAAGAUGGCCACGUAGACGGUAUCUCCUCUAACCACUGCACUGCAGAGAACUUCCCUCCGGAUCCACUCUGAGUGAUUUUUAUUGUAAUAAACAUUGAAACUUUU